AUGUAUAAUGGUGUCGGUCUAACCACUCCAAGAGGCUCUGGGACAAGUGGAUACGUCCAAAAAAACCUCGCUUAUAUCCAAAAGCCCACCACUCGUGCUGAUUUCCAAAAAGAGCUUGCAGCUAUCAAGGCAAAUCCCCUUAAGCCGCCUAAAAAGCCAAAUCCAGAAUUAAUUGAGCACGAACAGAAAAGGCAAAUUGAAAUCCAUCUGAUUAAUUUCAAGAAAGCUCUUGAAGGGCAAGGACUUUCUCCUGAAGAGAUUAAGGAAAGAGUUGACAAUGCCAGAACUCAUCUUUACGCAAAGCUGCAUGAAGCACCUUUACUAAACCAAAAAUCAAGUCACCAAAAAGUGAUACAAAAAAAUGAAGAAAUAGCGAAAUUUCGAGACAGCUUUGGAAUCAAGAAUGAUUAUGUCCCUGGCUCUUCUUUUGAUUUUGAAGCAUUAGAAGAAAAAAGACAGAAAGAAAAAGAAGACAGGGCUAUGAAAAAAAAAAUGGAAAAAUUAAAAGUGCUAGAAGAAGCACAAAAGAAAGAAAAAGAAGCCAGUUUAAAGAAUGAAAAGGCAAAAAUCCCUAUUGAAAAGGAGAAACCUAAAGAAGAAUUCAAAAAACCCUCAAAACCUAUUGAAAAUGCAGAUAGAGAGCCGAUGGAAGAUGGAGAAAUCAAGAGUGAAAGCUACCAAAAAGAAAUAAAAGAGAAUCCCAAAGAAAAUCUUAAAAGCGAAGAAAAGACUUUGGAAAAGAAAAAUGCUCCAAAAGAAAGAGGUCCCCAAAGAAAAGAUUUAAGGGAGAAAAGGCGGUAUUCAAGAGAUCGUCAAUCUCGAAAUUAUCGGAGAAGUCCAGAUCAUUAUAGAAGGAGAAGCCCGUACAGAGAUAACAGGAGGCCUAAUUACAGAAAUCGAAAUAAAUACUCAGACGAUUCACAAAGUCCAGAUUACAGAAAAAGUCCAAAGGAGUCAAGAGACAAAGCAAGGAGAUACAGAAAAUACAGUUCCAGCAGUAGCAGGAGUUUUAGAAGUCGAAGCUGCAGCCACUCAAGUUGCAGCGGGUGCUCUUCAUCAUCCUCAUGUUCAAGCUGCUCUAGAUAA